AUGUUUAUCUCUGAGCUAGAACAGAAGCCCAAGAAAAAUGAUGAUCUGGAGUUGGGUGAUAAUGAACUGAUGAAGAAGCAAAAUGACCUAUGGCCAGAUAUCGCCAAUGCUGAAUCGUCCGACGCACUCGGUAAUGUCCAACGUGAGCUCAAAGCCCGACAUGUCACCUUCAUCGCACUCGGCGGAAACCUAGGCACUGGACUAUUUCUCGGCAUUGGACAUGCCCUAAGAGUAGCAGGUCCAUUAUCACUUGUUCUCGGUUAUCUGACCGCCAGUAUCGCCGGCUUCAUGAUGAUGAUGGCCCUCGGCGAAAUGGCCGCUUGGCUUCCCGUCCCCGGUGCCAUCCCUCAAUUUUGCGCUCGGUACGUGGACGAAGCGCUAGGGUUUGCGGUGGGUUGGAAUACCUGGUUUACGGCAGUUAUCACUCUCUGUGCUGAAAUAUCGGCCGCGUGCAGCGUCAUCCAGUUCUGGUCAGGCGCGGAUAAUGUCAGUGUUGCCGUAUGGAUUGUGGUGCUCAUUGCGUUUUUUCUAGCCCUGAAUAUCCUGGCUGUUCACACCUUUGGAGAGUUUGAAUUUGUGUGCGCCGUCAUCAAGCUUUGCGGAAUACUCGGACUGCUCAUUCUGGCUCUCUGCAUUGAUCUAGGAGGCGUGUCGGGUCAGCCUCGACUUGGUUUCCAUUACUGGAAAACGGCUGGCAUCAUGAAAGAGUAUAUCGCUACUGGCUCGGAGGGUCGUUUUCUUGGAUAUUUCUAUACCUUAAUCAACGCUCAAUUUGCAAUCAACGGUUGCGAAACCGUCGUUGUCGCCGCAGGUGAAGCCGAGAAUCCUCGCCGGAACAUUCCCAGGGCUAUCAAGCGUGUUUUCUGGAGACUUCUCUUCUUUUACGUCUUUGCUGCAUUUGCUUUGAGCAUGAUCUGUCCCAGUGGCAACCCUAACUUGAUGGGUGGAGAUAGGACAGCCCAGUCACCCUGGGUAAUUGCCGUCAACAUAGCAGGUAUCAAGGCUUUGCCGUCGAUCAUCAACUCUCUCAUUCUCAUUUCGGCUAUUUCAUCCGGAAACUCAUAUGUCUUCAUGGGAACUCGGUAUCUUUACGCCUUAGCGCAAAAUCGACAAGCGCCCAGGAUUUUUCUGCGUUGUACCAAACAAGGAAUUCCGAUAUGGUGUCUUCUGAUCACAAUGUCCAUAUCUCUUAUAUCAUUCAUGUCGAUGGGUUCAGACUCGAGUACGGCAUUCCAAUGGUUCCAGAAUCUGGCAACUGUUGCGACCGUGUGA